ACAGGUACAUUGUAGAAGGUUGUUUUCAAUACAGAAUCCCGACCCUAAUUUUAAUACCACCGAAGAAGAAUCCCAACAGUUCUUCAGAAACGUGGAGUAACAAACUUAUGAUCAUUCUUUAUUAUUUUUGUCAAUUUCGAGGUAGUGCUAAAAUGAAGCUAUAACAUCUUAAAAUCCGAAUAUAACAAUAGGUCGAAAUAACGAGUAUCAAUAGGAAGAAAACGUUUUAUAAUUAAAUGCAAAUAAAAUAUACAGUUGUUUAUUAUUGCAAUCGCUGGUAUUAUAUCUUGAAUGCAUUUGACCGAGCUAGCUAUAGCCGUAUGUCUAAAAGGUUAGACCAGCGGUAUUCAAGAUGGCAUGUUGUUGAAAGAACGGGAAUAUCAUUUUCAAUAUAACGUUAUACAGGGUGAGUUUGAAACCAGCCACACAGAAGUUCCCCAGGAUCUGUAUUUCUCAUCACAUAAGAUGCUGGGAAUUCAUGAAACAAGAGAUAAUGGCUCUCUGCCAUUGAGGACCUAUCGCUGUAUGGCAUGUUCAGCCACCUUUCCGGGACUGUCCUCUUUACUCGUGCACCAGGCAACUCAUGCAAAUAAUACCAACUCAUCAGAUGGGAAUCAGCCACCACUCGCACUCCAAGUUUCUUGCAACAAUUGUAGAAGCACAUAUUCCAGCAAGGAUCUUUUGGACAAGCAUCAUUGCAGUGCCCUGCCCAUUUCUGCCUCUUCCUCCAUUUACAUCUGUGGGUGUGGGAAUAAGUUCCAAGAUUUCAGUGUCAUGCUUGAACAUAAACAGUUACACAAAACACAGAUGGAUGUACAGGAGCCCCUGGCAAUAAAGGAGGAGAAAGCAGUAGGAGAGAGUGUAAACAGCCCCAGCCAUUCAGACCCUAUGCAUGCAUCUUGUAGUGAGAGCUUUAAUCUUACUUCUCAUUCCAUUCUAUCCUCACAUGUCCAUCCACCUAGCCCCCAAAUCUCACAGUCAGCCACUGAAGACUCUGAAGUAAGCAAUAAGGAGAUUUUUAGUCAUGCUCCCUCACCUGUUGCAGAGUUAAACAACAUGCCUUCUGUAAAGCAAGUUGCACGCAUUCCUGUUUCCAACUCACCUGAAUUACUUUUGUCACCAACCAUUACAGCUCUAAAAGAUGACUUUGAACACAGAAGUGUUGCGGAUGUGAAUUCUAUCUCAGACUCAGUCAGUCCCAUUCAUAGCGAUGCGGUUCUGCAAGAUGAUCAACAGGAUGUAAAACCACUAAAAAAAACCUUAAAGAAAAUGCUGGUGUCUGCUUUCAUGGAAAGAUUGCCACCAGCCCAGGCAGCCUGGAGGGCUAACAAAGAAAAAAUGCCAAAACCGGUGGGAACACCAUCAGUGACAGCCUCUGAAUCUAUAGAGGGAUCAUCAAUUAGUCAGUUACGAAGAUUACUAUGUAAAUCUGGGACUAAAAAGAAGCAGCAAUUGGCUGGUACUCUUAAAAAUCUUGGUAAUACUGUUAGUUUGACUAAGGUUUUUCUACCUGUGGUGGCACUUGAGACGCGUCGAAAGUUAGUUGGGGUCAGUGAAAAUGGCCAAGAAGGUAGACAUCAGUGUGGACUCUGCCGGAGGAUUUUCCAUGACAUAGAUAGUCUCAUAUUUCAUCAUGCUACACACAAGAAAGAAAAAAUUAGGGGCUGUCGUCAUUGCAAACGACUUCUCAUUAGCAAAACCUCUAUACAGUUCCACCAUCUGUGUUGCCCAGAGCCUGCGGGGAUUCUGCAGGAUCCAUUCUCGGUAGGUGAUUUAAUGCCCCUCUCUUCAGGAAGUUUGGCAGUUCAUGGCCAAAAGGGCACCCUGGAUAGCAGUUCUGAGAGAGAACUGCAGAAAAGUCUUUUCUCUUGUCACAUGUGCAAACAUAGUUACACGCGCCUGUAUAAUCUAAAAAAGCACAAGUGUCAUUUGUUUUCCCAACGGCAUGUGGAUGGCAGUCUCCCAAAGGACAAAGUCCAUAUGAAAGGAAAUGUAAGAAUAGAUAAUGAGAUUGUGGGGGGAAUGGGAGGGUCACCCAUGCAAAAGAAUGUUUCUGUAGGCACUGAAGCCACUAGUCUUAUCAAAAGUGGGAGGAAUAAGUCUAACUCCUCAAGAGGCCCAGAGGUUUCUCUCGGCAUGCUAGCAAAGAACCCAGGAAUAAACUUAGGUGUCUGGCCAGGCUCCCCUAAAAGUUUCAUGCCUUUCACUUCAAAAUCAGUUAGACGAAACUCAGCAGAACUGCAAGAAACAAAGUUGGAAGGCUGGGCUGCUUCCACACAGGAGUAUUCAGCUUCAAAGCAUAUGAGACAAGUUGAAACAGAAGGCGAGGUGAAAAAUAUAGAGGCAGAGGAAGAGAAAAGACGCUGGACUAUGCCAAUUGAUGAAUCGGACAUUGAUGUUCUAUUUGAGGCAGAGCACAGUAAUAAUAAAGAGGAGUUCGUUUUCCGAAAGCCUGGUCUAGGAGAUGGUCUUCCAUUCACAUCCAGUCAGCUGAAUCAUCCAAUCCAGACAUCUGAAGUUGACCAAAGUCAUUUGCCCAGCAGAGGAAUGCUGCAACAUAUUCAGAACCCACUGUCAAUAAAAGCCAAGUCACAUCUGGAAAUCAAGAAAAGGUUUGAAUGUCUCGGUUGUGGGAAGAGCUUCAGCCGCAGAUAUGUUCUCAAUCUGCAUAAGAAGAAAUGUAUUCCGAUAAACAGAAGUACAGAAGAUAUUGACAGUCACAGUGAUCAAAAUACUGGAAAAUCCAAGAGAAUAAUUUUGCCAAGACAUCAUCAAGGAUCAUUCCAGGAACCAACAAACCAGGAAAGGAUGUUGAUCCUCACACCAUCUUUGGGGGAUAAGGUCAGUAGAACAGGUGAUAAUCUUUCUUCGGGAGACUCUUGGGGAAUUAUGUCAUUACCAGCAGUUUUGCCAAGAAAAGUGACUUGUGAAUGUGGAUCAGUUUUCACUAGCUCUCGUCAGCUGUUUGAGCACCUUCAGAUACAUGCCCAAGAGUCUUUCAUUUGUCCUAAAUGUGGGAUGAACCUCCACUCUUGGAUGAGUUAUGAGGCCCACCUCCACACACACAAACGCUCAGUUUGUCCAAAGUGUCAGCAGUCUUUCAGCCAGCACAGCUCAUUGGUCCGGCACUUGAAUAAGAAUCGAUGCAAGGCUGAUGGUAUCAUGGGGAAUAAAUUUCUAUGCCCCAGGUGUGGUGUGGAAUUUCUCACUUGUUCCAGGCUUAAGCUCCACAUGCACUACUGUGCAUCCAAGCCUUCCAGCAAACCAGUCGUCUGUCCAGUAUGCACACACAGCUUCAGUAGUAACAAGGAGCUCCAGAAACAUUUAAUCACCCACAGUAACACCCAGGUUUUUCGGUGCCACAUCUGCCAGCGCAGCUACCCUAGCCUGAAGUCUCUUAAGAAUCACAAAAGAAAGGUUCACCGAUUGAUGUUUGCUGAAAAUUCCGGAGGGGCUAAUAAAAUAGGUUUGUGAGUGGUUUAUUUUCAAAUUAGCAAAAAAGAAAAAAUUAAGUUUAUUCAAAUUAGGAACAAUUACUGUAUGGUGCUGAAAAGACUGUAUUGUAUAUAAUGGUCUGAAAUACAAUAUGUGAUCAUUGACAUUUGA